CGAGACCGGCUGACAAGCCCGCCCUUCACCAUGGCUGGUACAUUGGGCAUAAUGUAUGUAUGGCUUCUACCCCUAGCACUCUCACAGAACGUGGGCCUCACUGGUAACUGUUCUAGCAAAGAUGAACCCUUGCAAGUAUGGGGAGUUAAGAUGGAUCCAUUGACAUGUGUGUCCUUCCAGGGAAGCAGUGAGUUUGAAUGCGGGAACCUGCAGCUGCUCACCAACGCUCAUCUCGGAGGGGACUUUAUGUUGCAUCCAGGGUCUCUGAAAAUUGAAGGCACGCUGGUCAAAGGGCCGUAUCCGGGGACACUCAUCCCGCAAUUGGUUUUGUCCUGGCAACCCCCUGCUUCUGCUGCUGGUUCUGAACACUUCAAAGGAUUUUAUCUCAAAAUCGCUGCUUUAACUGGAUCGGCGGUUUUUGUGUGCGAAGUGUUUGACUUCUCCUACAACAGGUUUACGUCACAAUAUCACCGGCUAAAGUUCCAAAAGAAAAUGCAAGGUUUUCCUGGUGGAAGAGACGUCUUGUAUCGAAUAGAGAUGUUUACCCUACCGAUGACAUCGGACGCCAAGUCCAGUAAAGCGUUUUUUACUCUUCCACAAGUUCAAGAUGGGACUUCGACAUGGUCGUGGACCUCGUCGGUCUCGUAUGAGAGGCAACAUCUCUCAGCGCCGGCAGACAUCGUGGUGCGAUUCAGCUUGGCAUCAAAACACUACAAUUUCCGGAAAUACAGAAUUGGACUUGAUAAAGGUCAUGGACACAGUAACUUAUAUUCGGUGUGCGUUGUUGACACUCAGGAGAAGUAUUCGUGUCAGGGAAAAGACUACCAGAAACCAUCUGAGAACGCCACUGCCCUGACCCACACGUUCUAUGACAUUGAACCAGGGAAUUACACAAUAUGGAUCUCCCCACAGGACCCGUAUUUUCAGGACGACGAUCGGUGUGUCUGCUGUGUGAUGACCUCGUCAAACGUAACCAAGUAUAAGGCGUGUGCUGUCACACAAUCUGGAACGAUUACUGUUGAAGAAAAUGAAGGAACUGCACCAUCUCCAGCUGUCCUGAGCACAGAAGCGCCCCCUCCUCUGAACCAAGGUGCAGCUUUUACCGCAGUUUUUGCCUGUGUGCUUGCCGUGGUCGUCGUCAUAGCCGUUCUUGUCUGCAGGCGACAUCACAACAUAGCACGCUCAGCCAUUGCCAGAAGCAGUCCGAGGACACACUUAUCUUCCGGGAGUGGUAAAUUUCUUUCAAGGAAGAAGGUGUACUUGCUGUAUGCUGAGGAUCAUAAAGAUCACUUAAAUGUCAUCUCCAGGUUGGCCAUAUAUCUGAAAAACCAGUGUUGCUGCGAGCUGUUCUAUUUUCCUUGGUUGAAGAGAGACUUCCACGCUAUAGGUACAUACCAGUGGAUCAUAUCACACAUUGACGAGGCAGACUACGUGAUUGUCAUCAGCUCAGAGGCAGCGUUCAAACUCCUCGAUGCACGGAACACAAACACGUCUUUGAAGACAGAAGAUGAAGGUCCAGAGGGUGACAUCUUCUCCCCAGCCAUAACCCAUGUUAGGACGAAGUCCCUCGAGCCUGAUUUCUACAGGAAAACCAUCCUUGUAUACUUUGACUACACCAGUGAGGAUUUUGUCUUGAAGGAAGUGAGUCCUGGUGUCCAUUAUAAGCUGCCCAAACAUUUCAAGGACCUAUUGUGUCACAUCCAUGAAGUUGAUGUGUUUGACCAGACUCGCAGACAUCCAGAUAUAGACGCUAUUGUGGACCUGCAAGCCACUAGGAUUGGCCGACAUUUACGGAAAGCGAUUGAAAAAGCAAGACGUUUCGAGAAAUCUGACCCACACUGGUUUGAGAAGAGGUUCUGUCGACAACACUCAGUACACGAAUCAGAACAUGAUCCAGAGCAGACGUGGGAGUCAGUCUCUCUGAAAGCAAAUGUGGUUGAUACAGAUCCAAGGACAACUGCUGGUCAUAAUACAGGUUAUAAUAACGAACUGCAAAGUGUCAUAACUUGCAACUCUGUUGUAAUACAUCCACAGGACAUGAUUGCCCCGAGUGUGGUCGCAACUGACACCCCUACCGAUGUCAUUGUGACCAUGUUACAGAAUAUCAACGCACAGGAGGACCCGCUUACAUUCAACUGCCAAGACAAUGCAAAUGUUACUCAGCGGAAUUAUUCCAAAGAAGACUUCAUCCCUCCUAGUGAGAUACUAACAGAUACGGAUAUCGAUGCACGACUCCUUGCCAUCAAUAAGGGCGACGGGGUUUUCCCCCUUCUGACAUGACCAAAAGAUACCUAGACCUACAGAGUUACUACAUGUUACUAAGAAAGUGUAAUCCCAAAUAAAACAGAGUGUUACAGAGUGACAAGAGUCAAUAUUUUCAACCUCAGUUGAAGUAUGGAUUACGCAAGAUGUUUUAUAACACCAUGUGUACGUUGUUUGUAUCUAUAUCUCAAAGGAAAGUGUUACUGCAUUAAAGACUUGUUGGUACCUAUAUCAUGUUCCAAUAUACGAAAAUGCUUCUGCAAACCUCUAUGAUUAGAGGAACUGGUUGCAGGUUUGAAUCCCGAUUCUACCCGAUGGUGUUUUCAGGUUUGUCACCACAAUAUUGUCACCAUGAUAUUGUAGGUGGCGGUUGAACAUCUCUGGCCUACAGCAUUGCGGGCUUCAUUCCAUAUCACCCGGACAAAGCGGAAUACUGUUCAAAACGGCGUUAAACCAAACUCACUUACACACUCAUCAUGUGGACCUCAUUGACGAAUAACAUGACGUUAUGCAUUGAAAGUUUGUGUAGAGGCUCGUCGGAAAAUGCCACAUUCUUUUCACAAGUGCCAUGUCAAAGAGAUCACUCUCCCACUAACCUCGCGAGAUUUCCCCACUCACCCCUAGACAUGCCCUCCUCUCGUACAUGCCCAUCUCCCCGCUUCCACAUAAUCUAUACCUACCUAUAUAAGUAGUUUUAGAGUAUGUUUGUCAUCUCAUUAAGCUCGCUUUGACACCCUGCUCUUGUACAUUGAAACUACAGCCUCAUUUCGACUGUACUAUUCAUCUGGUAUUGGAGGAAUCGGUAAUGCAUGUAAAU